AUGAGACCUCCUGGUGAAACUCCUCUGCCUGAGUCAUUCAAUGUCAAAGGGUAUACUCUUCCAGCGGUUGGGCUAGGUACAUUCCAAGCUGAGGCAGGCAACUAUAAGGUCAAAGACGCCGUGAUCAAGGCUCUGAUCAGCGGUUACCGGCACAUCGACACCGCCACUGCCUAUGGAAACGAGCAGCAAGUGGGAGAAGCCAUCAGGGAGUGUGGCGUACCUCGUGAUCAGCUCUUCAUCACCACCAAGCUGCCACAAACGUGCCAUGCUCCGGCGGACGUUGAGAAAGCCCUGGACCGCAGCUUGAGGUUGCUGCAAAUGGACUACGGUGACCAUUCAAUCACUGACCAUUGCUGCUGCGACAUCCAGUGGACCUUUCCAUAUGCCUACCGUGCGGGUCCUGAAAAUACUAUCAUGCGAUAUUCCGAUGGAAAGCCGGUCAUUGACCACGAACUAUCGAGGCAGUACCCUGCAACGUGGGCUGCCAUGGAACGGCUCGUCGACAAGGGCAAAGUGAGACUCAUAGGGGUGUCCAACUUCAAUACUCUCAAGAUCAACCGAUUGCUCCAGACGGCUCGAAUCCCGCCGGCCGUCAACCAGAUCGAGAUACAUCCGUAUUUACAACAAACCGAGCUUGUAGCCUUUUGCAAAGAGCGAGGGAUCCAUGUCAUGGCUCACCAGCCACUUGGAGGCAAGCCCGACGACGACGACGAUGACGAGGCUCGUCGUCCGCGGCCACUGUAUGAACCAGUGAUUGCAUUACUAUCCAUCAAAAACUAUCGAUCGCCAGCCCAGAUCAUGCUUGCCUGGCACUUGCAGCGGGGUAUAUCCGUGAUCCCCAGGACCGUCCGGAUGACACACAUCAUGGAUAACAUCAACUUGAAGAGUUUGACCAGCGAAGGUAUGGAAUCUAUCGCUGAGAUCGAGACUCAACGGGCCCCGAUUCGCUACUUGAACCCUCAAGACCAGGUCGGAUUCGACAUCUUCGAUGAGACCUGGGACGAGCCGGUGGAGAGACCGGGUCGCCGCCGAUGGCUCGAAUGAGGAGUGACUGGGGAUGCUGCUCGGU